AUGGAGUACAGUGUCGAAUCAUCUAAACUAAAAUUCGGGGUAGAGAGAAUUUUAUCUUCUGACUUUUGCAACAAAACUCUCCCCAUUCCCAAAGUGACUAUCAAGUUGUUCGGAAACUACUCCGGCCAAGAGUGUCAUUGCAUUGGUGGGUGUAACAAGUGCAUGAAUUUUUGUAAUUUCACUUCUGAGUCGCUUUGUGCGCCGAAUUAUACAAGUGUUAUUGAAAAGUAUCAAAGUAUUUGUCGGCCAGCUCCUUUGAGGCCCAUUCCUCGAGUUCCCGUCUCUUCGACGACGACGACGACGACGACGACAAAUAAUACAGAGAGUGGAUCCAGGAGGAAAAGGUCUUGGUCAAGGGCUGUAUUUAGCGCUUUGCAGAGAAAAGGAUUGGAGAAGAGAUUUUCGCUGCAAAAAUAUAUUACUAAGCCAGAUAGACGGCAAUUAGCGGCUACUUUAGGGCUUACUGAUGCCCAAGUAAAAGUAUGGUUCCAAAAUAGAAGAAUGAAGUGGCGACAUAACAAAGAAAGCGAAAAUAUAAUCCCAGAAGGAUCUGAUUCCCAAAAAAACUUACCAAAGCACCAAAAUCAAAACCAAAAUUCGCAAAAAAGUUCCAAUUCAAAGCUAGAACUCUCGGAUGAAGAAGAAGAAAUUCAAGUUGACAUUUGA